AGCUCAGAGUCGAAAAAUUGGAAUAGAAUGGAAUACAUCAGUGCAGUAUCGUGAAUUCUCACUGCCAAUUCGUAAAAACAAUUUCAUAAAGGACAAACUUAUUGUUGCUGUUAUUUUACUUGACGCACUAUCAAACAAUGACACAGCCAGAUAAUUUUGUAUUCAAAUUUAUUAAUAGUAUAAUUCACAUAAUUGAUGCACCAAUCACUUAUUUCCGAGAAAAAAUCGUAUUGCCGAAUCAAAAAAAAUAUCCAUGGUAUCAUCAGAAAUACCGUCGCGUACCCAAUAUUGACGAAUGUUACAACGAUGAUGUGGUCUGUUAUACCGAAGCAAACAGUCAAUUCUUACGCGAUAAGAAAGUAGACGAUGAAAUAUUAUUUAUUCUAAGAAGUCGCUUUGAACAAUGUGCUUGGUACCAUGGUAUGGAUGACUUAAACAUGUGCGAUGAGCUACGUGCAAUUUAUGAGGAUGCAGCCGCGGCUUGGUUUAUGAAAUAUGGUGAUAUGGGUAUAGGCUUGAAUGUCUUAAAUGCAUACAUGAAGCAGAAACAUCGUAUGAUUUGGGAACGUCGUCAUGGCCCAGUAGGUAGUGGUAUGAAAGAACAAAAGAUUAAGGUAUAGCAACUUAUGCCACUGUUGUAGAUGGUUAUUUAAUGGGAAAUGAAGUCGCAUAUUACAAAUCUGAAUGGCAGAUUUGCAUCACUGUACAGAUAAUGCGAAUUGAAAAGAUAAAAAUAAUAAAAGUAAUUUAUCAGAAAUCCAA